ACGCUAAAUCGUAAAUGUGGUAGGGGACUUCGUCAAAUAUGAAACGUACAUAUCACAUAUGGCACGAAGCUGACUCAUGUAACGUGGGCUCUUAUCUCUUCUGGCCUGCACUUCCUCGAAAGCAUCCGCCGCCACCUUUCUCCUACGCGUUCUACAAUUCUAUCCUAUACUUAUCUGCCACAUCAUAUGUAUCUCCCCUUUAUGUUAAAUACGCGCGUGACCCCUAAAGCCAAAACCUCUUCUCGUUCUCUAACUUCCGUUCCUUGUAAUAACCAACCAAAAAGAAACUCGAUCUUCUUGCUAAAAGGAAAAGAAAAAAAAAACUCAAUCUUCAACCCAAGAAAAACCCUCAUGGAAAUACCGGUGAUUAACAGAAUUAGCGACUUUGACGUGAAGAUAAACUCGAUGAACGAUCCGUCGUUAUUACCAGAAUUAGCGACUUUGCCGUUUGCCGUCUCCGGAGUUGGAAAGUUACAUUAUGCUUAUACUUUCUUUAAAUGGGGCGCUUUAUUGCUGCUUUCAUUGUUUGCUUCAUUCACCAUUACUAGAAUCAAAAGUUUAGUCCUUAGAUUAAGAAAUGUAGACGCGUCUCUAGCUUCCCAAUCUAUUGUCUAUGAUUACGACAGCGACUCCGACUCAUCUUGUUCCUCAGACUCAGACGACGAAGAAGACGACAGUGACAAAGAAGACGACUCGGUCAAUGGAGAUUCACGCGUUAAAAGAUUUAGUUAUUACGAGGAAAAUGACGACAAGGGUAUAGAUGGAAAUGUACCCUGGCUGCGUCGGUGCAGUGAUAGCUUCGGCGACUUGUUGUCCUGGCCUGAUCUUGGUGGGUUCGGCUCAAGAGGAGUUGUUAAGCUAUGGGACAAUCUUGACUUAAAAGGAAGUCAGGAAGUGGUGGCUUCCUUCUUCGACAAGUACGGAGUUUCCUCGUCGUUGUCUCCGGCGGUUUUAUUAGCGGCGGAGAAGAAAGGAUCCGACGCCGUGGAAGUGAGUGCGUGGGAUGCACGCGAAGGUUUCAGAAUGCCUACUUUGCUCGCGGAAUGGAGACAGCCGGGGAGGUUGCUAGGGAAGAUCGUAAGGGUCAACGCCGGUGGCGUUAACAAGAUCUACGUUGAGGAUGACGCCAACGGGGAGAUAACGGUGGGAGACAUGAGGAUGGUUAACGGUGCGAUGACGGAACUGACUGAGUCAGACGUUGUUACAAUGGUGAGACGCCGUCGGUGAGGCUGAGGAUUCUCGUUGGGAGUUGUAUUAAUGACAAAUGAUUGGUACGGUCCGGUCUAGUAUGCACCAAAUUAAGAUUCAAAGUAAACUGUAAAUGACCUCAAGAUUUUUUUUGUAAAUAUUUUGUAUUUAGAGUUUAUUUCAAUAAUGUUAUUUCAGUGUAAAAAGUAUUUGUUAUUUACUUUCAAUUUUUCAAAAAGGAAAAGAAUCUUUGGAACUUACUUUUAUUGCCUCGUUACUCAUUAGUGACCACGGGAAUAUAAAUAAGUUCGAAUAUUAACGAAAUCAGAGCAUUCACAAUAUCUUGUAGAAAGCCUUUUGAAUUUGGUUGUAUAAUGACUGAUAGUUUAGUCUUUGUAGGAAUUUUUUUUUGUAAUAUUUCGAAUAACAAAUUGAUGGUUUGUUGACAAAUUUUUAAUUCAAAAUGGAAACGUGUCGCUUGGGUUAGAGGA